AUGGGAAAAGGUGGUCGCAUUGCGUGUAUCAUCACGCCGUAUCUCCUCACGAUCGCUACGUUGAUUUGUAUCAUCAUCGUCGGUCUGGGAUGUACCAAGGCUAGCUCUAGUAGCUUGAGCAACCUUUACUUCUUGAGGAUCGAUCUCUCAAACUUGACAAAUGGCUCCAGUACAACCACUGAAAUCGAGAACCUUCUUGAGGAAUUCGGCAUCACCAGUGUCAACGCUACCGAUGUGGAGGACUUGGUAGACCAGCUGGCUAGCAACCAGGCCGAUAGUCUGGUCAAGGAAUUUUACGACAUCGGUCUCUGGGGUUACUGCGAUGGUGACAUCCGCAGCGGCGACUUCGACACUACCCACUGCUCCAAGCCCAAGUCCGAGUUCUACUUCGACCCUCUCUCCGUCUGGGGUCUGGAGAACAGCACUGCUGUGAAGGAUGAGCUUCCCUCCGAUUACAACAAGGAUAUGAAGAUAUACAAGGCCGUUUCCAAGUGGAUGUUCAUCGCCUACAUCGUCGCCUUCAUCCUCACCAUCGUCGAAAUCCUGGUCGGUUUCUUCGCUAUCUGCAGUCGCUGGGGUAGCUGCGUCACUACUCUCUUCGCUUUCGCCGCCCUCAUCUUCACCGCCGCCGCCUCAAUCACUUCCACCGUGCUCUUCGUCGUCUUCCGAAGCACCUUGGGCAAUACCCUCAAGGCCUACGGUAUUAAAUUGACUCUGGGCAAGAACAUGUUCGCCGCUACUUGGCUCGCGGUCGCUUUCUCUCUCGCUGCUACCUUCUUCUGGGUCUUCAGUGUCUGCUGCUGCUCUGGCCGCUCGCCUUACAACCACAAGAAUCAGCGCAACCGUGGUCUGACCGCUGAGAAGGCCCCUUAUACCUAUGAGCCUAUCGGUGCCGCUGGCGCCCUCCCUCCUCAGCAGCAGCACCAUACCUCUUACCCUCCUCCUCCUGACAACUCCUACCCCAUGACACACCAGCCGCAGCAGCAUGCUAGCUCUUACGAGCCUUUCCGGCACUCUUAA